CAUCCUCGUCGGCAAAUGUACAAAAGCUAUAUCCUUGCUAUCUGCGCCCUCAUUUGUCUGAACGGCGUCUGUUGCCCUGCCCGAGCCUCUAUCUUUGAUUGUUCGACGAUGCCGGGGUGCGUACGCGUCCCCCCGAGGUCAUACGCGUCGCCUGAGGCCCACACUGCGGCCGUGCGAUGCGCGUAGUCAAGCAUGCAGGGCCACGGCCUUCCGCUUUAUAAUGCGAUGGGUAUGAGAAAGAAGGCAUCACCUCGCCUCUGCAGCAUCCCAACUUCUCCUUUCCUCUCACGUUCUACAAGCAAGCUUCACCAUGGGCAAGUUGCGCCAAUACAUCUGCGAGACGUUCCCCGCCAAACCGGACUGGAGCGCCGACAGCGUUCCCGACCUGACUGGGCGGGUGAUGGCAGUCACUGGGGCGAAUAGCGGCGUCGGGAAGGAGGUCACGAAGGUCCUGCUGCAGCGUAACGCGACGGUGUACAUGCUCUGUCGCAACAAGGAGAGCACGGAGGCGGUCAUCAAGGAAUUCAAGGAGCUGACGGGGAAGGAAGCGCGCUUCAUCCACCUCGACCUCGCCGACCUGAAGUCCGUGAAGGAGUGCGCGGAAGAGUUCUUGAGAACCGAGAAGCAACUCGACGUCCUCUUCGCCAAUGGCGGCAUCAUGAUGACGCCCAUGGACCGCUUCACCGCGCAGGGCUACGACGCCCAGUUCGGUACAAAUGUCCUCGGGCACUACUACCUUGCCAAGCUCCUCCUCCCCCUUCUCCUCUCCACCGCCAAGUCAUCUCCAGACAAGCACGCACGCAUCAUCCACACCUCCUCCAUGAUGCAUUGGGAGGCCGAUUCGGUGCACUUCGAGACGCUCACGGACACACCGCAGAGGAAGAAGUACUCGAAGGAGUUUUUAUACGGGCAGAGUAAGGUGGGGAACAUCUUGCUGAGCAAUCAGCUGGCGAAGCGCUACGGGGCGGAGGGGCUGGUGUCGGUGGCGCUGCAUCCGGGGCAGCUGAAGACGAACCUGGCGCACGACUUGCCGGGGAUUGCGCAGAAGCUUUGGCAAUAUUCGCCGCACACUUAUCCACCGUCUUACGGCGCCUUGACGCUUUUGCGCGCGGGGACGACACCGGAGGGCCUUGAGUGGAAUGGCAAGUAUGCUACCGUGUGGGCGCGCCUUGGUGUGACCAGUCCUGUUGCUCAAGACGUUCAGCUUCAGGAGAAGGUCUGGGACUGGUGCGAGGAGCAGGUCAAGAAGUUCGAGGGUUCAUCUUCUGAAGAGAACUGGACUGCUCGAAGACCCAACUGGAUAGCCAUGGAAGGUUCAGAAGUCGUCUUCCAGAACAUUCGACGCAUCCCUGCCGAAAUCUGGACGCACAUCUUCUCCUUCGCCUGCACGGACGACGGCCGUACAGGACGAUCUCUCGCUCUCGUCUCGAAGUACAUCCACAACACGUCGGCCCCAGUCAGAUACCAGUCCAUCUCGCUGGUCGGCUAUGACGAAAUCACCGCCUUCCUCGCCUUCCUCGAGGCCAACCCGCACGUCGUCCGGCGGGUGAAGGACCUCUACAUCAGCAGCGCCGACCUGCUGGACACGAAGCGCAACCAGAGCCUCAUGGACUGGAUCCAGCGCGGCAUCGUCAUGGUCCCGCCAGAGAUCAUGGGCAUCACCGUCGGCGCGCCCGGACACCCAGGCAUGGGCGGCACGAUCCUCGACUUCGGCGAGGCGUUCAGCUCGAUCAACGUCGCCGCGGCGCGCGCGCAGCAGUACCGCGAGGACAAGUCGAAGGCGAUGAUGAAGCUCCUCAAGCUCCUCGCGCCCUCGCUCGAGCGCCUCAGCGUGCACUCGGAGCACGGCGAGGUCCCGUUCCCGCUCCCCUACACCUUCCCGCGCCUCGUCGAGCUCGACGUGCACCACGCGCCCAUCCUCCUCCCGCCGCCCGCGGACCUCGCGCUCCCGCCGGAGACGUUCUACCCCGCGCUCGAGCGCCUGCACAUCUCGGGCGUCGCGCACCUCCCGCACGGGUUCUUCGGGCCGAAGGGGAUCCCGAAGAUCGCGCCGCGGCUGACGCACCUGCGCCUGUCGCUCGCGCAGUGCAACCCGUUCACGAUGGGCGCGGACUCGGAGCUGGCGGACGCGCCCGAGCGGCUGCCUGCGACGGUGCAGUGCUUCAUCGUCGAGCCGCCCCCCGCGCCCCCCGCGCCGGCGGGCAUGGACCACCAUCCCAUUUAUCGCACGCAGCUGGAGGCGUGGAGGAAGGCCGCCGAGCAUGACUCGCGCUUCCACGUUCUGGAGCCGCACGUUCCUGCCUCGAAGCACAGACGGGGCGAGAAGGAGUGUCUGCGUCGAGAGGCCGAAUGGCUAGACAGGGGUGCAGCAGGUCUGGGUUGUUGGUUGGACUGACUAUAAGAUUGUUGGUCGCACUGACUAUCAGGACGGACGCUUGCUACCUUACUGUUCCAUACUAAUCAUCGCGCAUGUUUUCACGCUAUCGUGUUGUUGUUUAUCUAUUGACCACUGUACUGUAUACUAGUAGCUCAACUCAGAAUGCAUUUUGUUAUGAUAAAGCGGCC